CCUUUCUCAAGUCUUUACAGAAAUAUAUGCCACGGCAUUCAGACUACCUGCAGCACAUUCCCCUUAGGGCCUCCUGAGGUGAGGAGUGGCAGGAAGCCCUAGAAGGGGUCAGUUAAGUGCUGCUGGGGCAGCUGCCCAAGAACAAGCCAGAAAUCUCUUAUCUUGCCACUGAACACAUUUUAUAUGUGUCUGGGCCAAAAUAUGAACACUUGACCCUGCAGAGUAACGGGUGUGCAAACAAUUCCUGGAGCCCCACACUCUUCCUGCAAUUGUGGGCACUGAUUUUUCUUUCGAAGCAGCUGAGUGGCCAUACUGAAUUUUGGUUAAGCCAGGAAAAAAUCCUCAAAAUUAUGAACAUGGUGAAAAACAAAGAAGUGAGCAUUGAAGGAGCUUUGCAUUUGGCACAGAAAGAAGUGUACACCGAUAAGGACUCACAGGAUUUGCUAACUGGCUCGCUGUUUAACUACAGUAUCUACAAAUACAAACACUAUCGGUGGCAGAAACGAAUUUUGCAGAUUGAUUUCAACACAAAGACAAUUUUUAACAUUGAAAAAGGAAUUAUUAAGAAGCAGUUCCCUUUCUCACAAGUCAAAUCCUGUGAAGAUGCUGAAAGAAGACGUUUCAGCAUUGUGUUUCAUGGGAGACAAGACUAUGAGCUGGAAGCAGUGUCUCUUGAUGACAAAAGGAAGAUAAUGUACCUGUUGAGCAGAGUGAUGCAGAGUAACUCAUGCAGGAGGCCAGGGGAGCCAUGCUUGGAGAGAGCUGCAGAGUGUGACGUGGUGCAUGAAGGAGUGCUGGAUUUGCAGCAGAAUGCUUUUAUGUCCACUGAAUGGGUGAAGUACUUGGUACAACUACGUGAAGGAGAACUGACUUUAUAUUGCAUAGGUCUGGGAGCAGAGAGCAAGAAUGCAUGCCCUGCGAUGAACACAAUUCAUUUGUCAGGUGGUAACGUGAGUGUCAGCAAGGAGAAUGAAUGUGGUACCUUUUCCAUCCAGACCAAAGGACACAAUUAUUUGUUUCGAAUACCCUUUACUGUCCAAAAUUACAGGACAGAGGAUGUUAGCAAGCUCCAGAAUGAAUGGGUGUCUCUCAUAGAAAGGUACUGUCAGCUGUGCAAGGGUGGCUUUCUGUCCCAGGAGGAAUCCCAAGGAGACACCUCCUCUGAAGCUGAUUAUGAGAAUGUUACUGUAGCUCUGAAUGAACAUAAAGAGGAGGCCCUCCAUUUCGAUGUGAGUGCUGCAAAAAUCAGUCUGAACAAGCCUUCAAACUCACAGACAAAGCCUGUGAAGGGAGAUGUAGCCCCAGCAUCAGCAUCUACUGCAGUUCCCUUAAGUAAGGUGGAGGUGCCACCAGCCCCACCUGCAUUCUUCCAGUCCUGCAGCCUUUCUCCCUUGGCAAAGAGAACCAAAGCCUUUCACUGGGAUGUUGUUCCUUGUGAUAAGAUUCAAAAGUCUAUUUGGGGUUCUUGUGACCCAGGCAAGAAAAAGAUAGAUGCAUCCAGACUCUGCGAGCAGUUCCAGAUCCAGGACGUGGCAGUAUUUUCAGGCAGUGAACCUUCAGGGAAUCAGCACAUCAUGUUGGAUCGAAAAGUUGCACAUAACUUCAGCAUUUUUCUUAAGAGUUUCCGUAUAAAACCAAGUGAGCUGAAAGAAAAGCUGUACAUUAUACAUGAAGAGAGUGGUGGACUUACAGAUGAACAGAUUACGACGCUACGAAGAUACAUGCUAACACCGAAGGAUGCAGAGAAGUACCAGGCGUUCAGGGGAUGCCCCUCAGAGCUGCACAUAGUCGAUCAGUUUAUGUUGGAGAUGUGUAAAAUCCCCCACUUAGGCCAGAGGUUGGAUCUCCUGCUAGCCAUACGUGAACUCCCUGUGAGCAUGGGAGAUCUGGAGCCUCUAAUAAACCAGAAAAUCCAAGCAAGUAAGCAGCUGCAUUCCAGCCAGAAAUUUAUUGCUGUCUUGGAGUACAUUUUAGCCAUUGGAAACCAUUUAAAUGAAAAUGCGGGAAAAGAGAAGGCAAAAGGAUUUCGAUUGUCAUCUUUGACCAAAUUAUCCCUGCUGCGGGGCAAGGAGAGGACGUUCACCUUGCUUCAUGCCCUUGUGGAACAGAUCUCCUUACAAGAGCCUGAUCUGGUGAAAUUUUCUCAGGAACUGACAGAAUUUGAGGCUGUUCCUGAUGCUUCCAUGAAGGGCCUAAGUGCUGAAGUUGAUGUUCUAAAAAAGGAAUUGGAAAAUGUUACUCAGUGCAGGCGUCUUAUCAAACCCAGGACAACCAAGGCAACACCCCAGGAGUCGCAGUUCUGCAGAGAACUAAAGGAUUUGAUUCAGAAAUAUGAAGGGGAUCUAUCCCAGCUGUCAAAAAGAUGUGAAGAAAUGAAGAAGCUUUAUACCAGCGUGCUGGUAAAAUUUGGGGAACCACAAGACCGGGACUCUCAGGAGCUGUUUGGAUGGAUAUCUACGUUCAUUAGUGAGUUUAGAAAGGCCUGUGCUGAAGUCAUGCAGUAAGGACAACACUACUCAUAAAAAGGGGAGAGUGAAGUGUAGGAAACUACAUUUAAGUUAAUUGUUUUGAAAGUUGCCCUGCCAAUAAGGUGCACAUUCCAUUCCAGUUUGUACAGCAGUAGAUUUUGAUUUAAAGAUAUAUUCAAUUUAUGAUGUGUAGUUUUGCAAGUGGUCUCAGACCUGUGGGAUUGUAGGUCUCUUGUGAGACUCACUUUUUUCUGUGCAUGCCCCUACAGAUACCUGUACAUUUAGAAGGGAGACACUCUUGAUGUUUUUAAAUUUUUCUUUUUAUUUUUGUCUUUGACAUCCAGUCUUCUGCCUGAGUUUCAACUGUUACUUACAAUGAAUAAAUUUACAUAUGGUGUUCUAAUUUUUAAUUAUUCUUUUUCUGUAAUUCUUUUUUUUUUUAAUUACAUUUAGCAAAAAUCUUGAUUGUCUUCAGCCAUUAAAGCACUGCAGCUUCAGUAUUUAAUGGAGAAAGAACCUGGCAGGUAGUGCCUCCCAAAGUAGUACAAUAAAGCAUUGCUUUUUUUGGAUAAAAUACUGUGGAAGCCAAUCAGUGUGUGAAAUUUGCAUUGGUGAGAAGAGAACAAUAUCAGAGAGGUGAAAUAAAAACAUGUCAUGAGGCAUCUAAGUAGUGCACAGUGAAAGUAAUUAUUGAUGGUUUUCGAAAGUGAAAAUACUUUUGUUGCAUUUGUUGGCUUUUCCAUAUUUUUAAUUAGAAUAAUUACUUGCAGCUCAAAAAUACAAGGAGAAAAGGAAGGCUAUAAAUGGAUAAACAAAAAAGGGAUGCGUUGAACAUUGAAAGCAGAAAAUAGUCCUAUGAAGCCCUUGAUAAAACACUGCAUUUUUCUCUACCAGUUUUACAGCAUUGUUCGAUCAAAUGUUGGUUCUCUGACUUAUUUUAGAUCUGCCUGCCCAAUUCUCACAGUAUUUUGGCUUUUACAGAAAGUCUAACAGGUAGAAAUGCUGAACAGUCUCCUUGGCUUCAAUACUGCAAGAAAUUAGAACUAUCCUCUCUGAAAGGCUUAGAAGCAUCUAAGCCUAAAAUUGCUCUAUUAGAAUGGUCUCUCCAGUACCAUGUGAGAUUUCUCCCUAUCCACGUGCCAGGUGUUGUGCAGGUGUGCUGAUGAGCAAAGAUGCAGCUGUUCUUCCAGCUGUGUUUGGUUCAGAGGCAAACCUGGAGCCUCCUGUGAAUGCCAGUGGGUAUCACUGCUUAAUCCAUCCGCUUUAAAUCCACUUCUCAUCUCAGGGGAAUUUUAAAAAAUUGAGGAAGAUGCUCAAUAGACUCGAUAGACACUUCCAAACCAACCAACCAACCAACCAACCAACCAAACCAAAAAAAAAAAAAA